CUCUGCACUCAGCUCUGCUACUCUCCGUCCCGUCUCCAAUGGCGCUCUUCUCCUCAGUCAGUGCUGCUGCUUCACUCUCAGUGUCCGUACAAACCAAUCGUUGCCCACUGACAAAUUCGCAGCAGCGCCGGCGGUUCUCGAGCAUAGUCGCUUCACUAAGCUCAGCAGCUUCAUCUCCCGAAUCGUCGCCUUCCUCCACGUCCUCCAACCCGACCGUCUUAUCUUCCAGUUCCAAUCACCCGCACCAGUCCUUCUCGGAGCCUACCACCGGCAGGCCCCACGAUUCGAGCUUCAACAACGCUCUCGCUAGCCCUAAAGGCAAUCUGCUCCUAAGGCUCAUCCAGUCCGCGGAGUCGAACAUUGAAAAGGUGAUCUUUGACUUCCGCUUCCUGGCACUUCUAGCAGUUGGAGGUUCACUCGCCGGUUCGGUAUUAUGUUUUCUGAAUGGUAGCGUCUACAUCAUUGACGCCUACAAGGUUUACUGGACAAGCUGUGUCAAAGGGAUCCACACUGGGCAGAUGGUUCUGCGAUUGGUUGAGGCAAUUGAUGUGUAUUUAGCUGGUACAGUGAUGCUAAUAUUCGGAAUGGGCUUAUACGGAUUAUUCAUCAGUAACGUGCCUCCUGAUGUCCAACCCGCUGUUGAUCGUGCUCUCAAGGGCUCUUCUCUGUUCGGGAUGUUUGCUUUGAAGGAGAGACCCAAGUGGAUGAAAAUCAGCUCGCUGGAUGAGCUGAAGACUAAAGUCGGUCAUGUGAUUGUGAUGAUCUUGCUGGUCAAGAUGUUUGAGAGAAGCAAGAUGGUGAAUAUCGCUACUGGUACCGAUCUGCUGAGCUACUCUGUCUGCAUAUUCUUGUCAUCCGCUUCUCUCUACAUCCUUCACAAUCUUCACAAGUCGGAGUAGCUUUCCUUCUGCAAUCCUCAACCAUUUUAUUAGUCAAAAUAGUCUGUACUGGCUUAUGGUGUACAUCUUGGAUGCCUUGUGUAACCUAGUCGUGCCAAGCCCACUAUGAUCUAUACUUAUCUGUAACAUAGGAUCGUUUGUAGAGAAAAUUGCUAAGGCUCUCGCACUUUUCUUAAAUUAUCGUAACUAUUACGAUGUACUAUAUGUAUAACGAUAAAAGGCGUGGAAGUUUUACCUGUAUAAGAGGAAACACAGUUUCGAUGCAGAAGGAUGAAACGGUUUGAUAA